AAUACUUUUGUCCACACAGUGUACAAUACGUUUUUUCAAUGAUUCGAUGAAGAGGUCAGCGGGCAUAUGAACGUCAUUACCUCCCCUACGCACAGAAUGAAGCAGGCAUACUUCCGCUACUGCAGAUAUACAGGACGAUAGGGAAUAACCAGACGAAAAAAAAAGAAAAAUAAAAGCUCUGCAUUCUUAGUGAUAUUUUAUACACACUUAAACCAAUGGGUUGUUUUAAGUAGAUGCUCUGUUACGCGGUAUACGAAAUCGCAUUACUAGGUUAACUAGCUAGCUGUGCGUUGUAUUAAAGUCAGGGUUAGUUAGCGCUUGUUAAGAUAGCACAUCUUUGUCGCUUUAGCUAACGCUAAGUUAGUUGAAUAUGGGGACGCGAUCAAGUCGUUUGCAAGAGGAAUCUGUUUCAACACCUUUCGAGAAGGAUGGUAUUAAGCGAGAGUCUUGCCGACGAAUUCGAAACACCAGGCCAACAAGUCUUGUGGUUGAUUUCGCCAGUAGUUUUGACCAUGAUUCAGAGGCUAACCGAAGCCGUUCUGAAGAGGGUAGCGAUUCGGACACCGGACAGCAAGUAAGCGCUGAUGGAAGUCCUGGUGAGCUCCACAUCUCUCCGUCUCUUACCAGCGAGUCUUCGCCGACAGAUGAGAACGACACCGUUGGCAAACAUGAGGACGACGACAUUCCCGGAAGCCCCGUUAAUAGCGCCCGUUUGUCGGGGGAGGAAACGGGCCGCGUCAAUCACCGCACUCUAGCUGAACGUUUACCCGGAGGUAGAGUCUCCUCCGGGCGUAGCGUCACCGCAAGGCCCACGAGGGUGAGGAACACUCGGCCAGUGUCGGAUGCUUGGAUCGGCGUAUACAGAGUCCGCCACGGCACAAUUCGCUGUCCUUUCUGCACCAAACUGUUCCCAGGAGGUCGGAUUGAAGAACACUUGUUAAGUUGUCUUACCUCUCCACCUCUGCCUUACAAUACGGAUGUUCUCAGUAAAGACAGUGGGGAGUGCUCCAUAUGCCUUGAAGACCUUUUUCAGGGAGACACCAUCGCCCGACUGGCUUGCCUAUGUGUCUACCACAAAAAUAACUUUUUCUAUUUACCUGCCUUUGGCAGAAGGGUCAGAAAUGUAACUUUAAUAACAGGUAAGCAGGGUCCAAACAGACCAUGUUUGUUUUAUAAGCAGUGUAAAGCAAUGUCAAGCAGUACUGAGUUUUCUGUUGCUGUUCUAUACAGAUGCAUUGACUCAUGGAGUAUGGUGAAGCCUUGUUGUCCAGAACAUCCUUUUGAUUGACUUUGGUUCACCUCCCCCAAAACUCCUCAACUGCUUGACUCAGGAGACCCUGCCUUUGCCAGCCACAUCAACCAUAACAAAGAGAAGACUGAGGAAAAUAAAACGAAUGAGAAAUCAUAAACAUGAGCUUUAGGGAUGGAGCAGGAGGCCACACCCCUAAAUAGUUAGCCUAGAACCUGCCCACCUAGGACCCACCCACUGGGCGGAGAUUCAUGUGACGCCACUCUCCACUGUUUGCAUUUCUCUACUGUAAAUUGCUUGCUCAGAUUAGGGAUCUACUAUACUUGCUUUCCUUGUUCGCUCGGAGACAUCAGCGAAUGGAAUCUCCAAAAAAAAAAAAAAAACUAAAGCAAAAUGACAAAAAAUGGAGCAAAAAAGUUAUCGAUAGUAUUGUGUGUUCCAGUGGACACUGUUAACCCCCAGCAUAUGAGGGCUAAGGGGGAGAGGCUUGUUUUCAGGUGGAGAUUCUGGCUUUGUGUGUUAAGUUAGAAGACCUCUGCUGAUGUGAGAAGUCCAGUAUGUGUAUGCGUAUAUAUUGCACAGGAUGCCUUACAAGGCAUGGUGUUUGACAUUUUUAUGAUGUCUUGGUGAUUUUUGCCCAUGAAAACGGAGUGUUGCUGUGUGUCAGUCCCCUUUUGAGAUAUUUUACAUUUCAUAUGCAGUGAUGUUGAUUAAUUCACUGUUUGUAUUAGUUCAGAAUUUUUGGCUGAGGCCAUUGACUGAAGAUGCUGAGUUGAGGCUCAGGCCAAACUGUGGCAGCCUUUUCUGAUCCUAGAGUCCAGAUUACGCAGUCUGCUCAGUUGGGCCAUGCUCGCUAUCAGAGAGCAGUGAUUUGCUGAAGAUUCCUGAGUGACUGCAUCAAGGGUUGUGGCAGGGCUAUCUGUCUGUGUGUGGAAAGCUGCAGAUGAAUGGGACCUUGGAAGUCCUGAUGACUGCUUGACUUCAGGGAGAAGGUGUCUAAGUGCACGUUUGGCUUGAUGUAAAUGUACAGGAGUGGAAAACGGUCUGAAGGUGAUGUGCUUAAGAAAGUUCAUGUUCUUGUGUGGAUCAGAUGUGCCCUCCUUCCCUCCAGCCCAGCCUUGUGUUACACAACACGGAUGUUUUCUUGGUCAGUCACAUACAUUUAUUUAGCUUUUUUUGCAAGAUGCUUGGAAUAUAGAUAUUUCAGAGGAUGUAAAAUGCAUUACGGAGUACAUAGAUUUUCAGCGCCAGUCACAGCCAUGAAUGUUCUGAUGUUUGGUUGGCUGCUGUAUUGUUACCACAUGAAUUGCACCUAAUUUCGCCAGUACUUGUGGUGUUUUCAGAAUACAUUUAUUCAGAAUGCAUAUUUAUUUAGACAGUUUCACAUUGAAAAAAGUUAUGAAAAUAAGUACAUUGUUAAAAUGGUGAACUAUAGACGUAGCCUAAAAAGGUCCAUGCUGAAUAGAGGAAUUGCAAGUAUGGGAGCUUGUGUGCUUGAAAGAAGAGCAGGCUUUCUCACCAAAAAUCUGGUGUGUAAAGGAGCAGAAAGUGAAAAUGGAUUUCCUCAGCUUUUCUUUUACUGCCUAAAAUUGAAAAGUCAGACCCGUUAUUGUUGUUACCCUUUGUCACUCUUCAAUAUUGAGUUUGUUUUUAAUUGCUUUAGCUGUGCUGUUGGAAUCGUGAAUGGACAUAACUUUGGGAUGUUAGAUGUGAUGCUCCAGCACUUCUCCCUCACCUCAGCACUCUGUGCCCAACUCUGUUCAUGCCUCAAAGUGCUGUGACGUGUUUGUCUUCCAGGACAAUGCAACAUAUGUCUCUGUUCCACUAAAGAACAUUGGGGUUUGCUGUGUGUAUCUGUAGCUCAUUCUCAUCAGACUGACAAAGAUCAGAUUUUACUUUUUUUUUUUUUUUUCUCUCUCUCCUCUCUCAUCAGUAGUGUAGUAUACUAUGGGUCUGUGCCUCAGUAUACUACACUAUCAGGUGUGCAUAUCUUGACAAUCAGUGUUGGCUUAUGGCCUUGGUUUGGCUUGUGUGAUACCUUUUAGUAUCCUGACUGAGUUACUCUUCUAACUCAAAAGGAGGUAUUUGGAUUUUUUUCCCUUUAUUUUGUGUGUACUCUAUAAAUAUUACAAAUUUAAAUGUCAUGUUGAUGUUCCUUGAUGCCGGAUAUUUUCUUUGUUGAAUCUGUGCUUUCUAACUGUUUCAUUUUUUUCUUGGAGCGUAUAAUAUACAUUGGCAAUGUUAAGGUGAGUAUGGUGUUAUUUGCACCCACCCUGACACAGACAAUCUGCCUUUACUCUGCUACAGAACAUGAGUAUUUAUUUAUUAAAAUGUAUAUAUGCAUCACAUUUCAAUAUGGCCUGGUCUUUUAUUUGUUCAUGACAUUGUAUCUAUGCCCAGAUCUUUUGUAUGUCAGUUUUUUUAUAUGUAUUUUUUACAAUAAAUGUUUGUGUGAGA